AAGCCCGCCGUCAUACUCCAUAUUGACUUCGUAGAGAGCAACUUGGUCUACCUGCUCCACGAUGAUAGCGUCAACUUUUCGCUUGCCGAUUGUUGUCUUGAUGUAUUUUCUUUCUUUCCAGCUAGGCAUUUCAUCUGCAUUCGUCGCGAUACCGACGGCGCUUCUGUACCAAACAGUCCCCACAUACAUUGAAGGCAAACGCAAGAAAGAAUUUGACCUUAACUCCAAGUUUAUUCCCGACGCCGAUGAUACAAUUCGGGUUAGAAUUUGGCGAGCGUUGAGUUCCAAGUUCGGUGAGGAGGUUUCUCUGAAAGAGUUGGGUGCGAUGGUGGGUGAAAGGCGGAUGGGAGAGCUACGAUCUCAUUUACAGCACGUUGAAAAGCAAUCGAGAACACUCCGGAAUAAAAGCGCUGAAUGGAAGGAACGUCGAGGAUUAACGGGCACAAAAUUCGAACGCGAUUCCAAGAUACGAAUACAGAUUCGCCGGGGGAAGAAGAAUAUGCUCUCCAUCAAACUUUGCUAAAUUGCACAAGUCGGUGCAAUUUGAUGUCAAAAGGGUUGACCUGACAGAGCGAUUUUAAGUUUUUUGUAGCGUCUCGUUGUAAACGUACUAUGAAACUAGAACCAUGUUCCUAAUCAUGACAC